AUGGGAUUCACAUCCGAUAAAUCCUCCUCUAACCCUCAUUCAGAUCUCGUCACCCCUCUCGCAUCCCCUCCCGCCAUGGCCGCCGCCGCCGGAAAAUCCUAUUGGCGUUUCGGCAAGGAGGAUUUCUUCCCCGAGCCCACCUUCUCCGACCUCCCCACAUACCUCUCCGCCCUCCGGGACACCCCCCGCCGCCUCCGCGACCGCCUUCUCGGCCGGUCCUCUGACUCCGACGAGCUCGUCCGGAGCAAGCGACAGUCGGAGAAUGAGAUGAAGAGAUGCCUAACGUGGUGGGACCUCGUCUGGAUGGCCUUCGGCUCCGUCGUCGGCUCCGGGAUCUUCAGCAUCACGGGCCUGGAGAUGCACGACCACGCCGGCCCCGCAAUCGUCAUCUCCUACGCCCUCUCCGGCCUCUCCGCCCUCCUCUCCGUCUUCUGCUACACCGAAUUCGCCGUCGAGGUCCCGAUCGCCGGCGGAUCCUUCUCCUUCCUCCGGAUCGAGCUGGGGGAUUUCGUCGCCUUCAUCGCUGCCGGCAACAUAUUGCUCGAAGGCCUCGUCGGCGCCGCUGGGCUGGGCCGGUCCUGGUCCUCCUACCUCGCCAGUAUGAUCAAGAGCGACCCCGAUUGGCUUCGAAUUAGGGUUGAUUCCUUCGCGAAUGGAUUCAAUUUUCUGGAUCCUCUGGCCGUGGUCGUGUUGAUUGUCGUGAACGGGUUCGCCAUGACGGGCACGAAGAGGGCUUCCAUUCUGAACUGGAUCAGCUCGGUUUUCGGGGCGGCCGUCAUCGUUUUCAUCAUCAUCUUCGGGUUUGUGCAUGGUAAAACCGAGAAUCUUGUGCCGUUUUUCCCUCACGGUGCCGGAGGGGUUUUCACGGCAGCUGCAGUCGUGUACUGGUCCUACACAGGCUUCGACAUGGUGGCCAACAUGGCCGAGGAGGUUAAAAAGCCCUCCAGAGAUAUACCGAUCGGGCUCGUGGGCUCUAUGUCUUUAAUCACCAUUGUCUACUGCCUGAUGGCUCUGGUUCUUGCUAUGAUGGUCAGGUACACUCAGGUCGAUGUCAAUGCUGCUUACUCAGUCGUGUUCGAUCAAAUUGGGGUGAAAUGGGCCAAGUAUUUGGUGAGCUUUAUCGCGUUGAAAGGGAUGACCACAAGCAUGCUGGUUGGCUCGAUGGGCCAAGCACGGUACACAACUCAGAUUGCUCGUUCUCACAUGAUUCCCCCUUAUUUUGCUCUGGUCCACCCAAAAACCGGCACUCCAAUAUACGCGACAUUGUUAAUUACCACAGGUAGCUGCAUUCUUGCAUUCUUCUCGAGUUUGGAUGUUUUGUCGAGCGUGCUCUCGUUUAGCACGUUGUUCAUCUUCAUGCUCAUGGCUGUUGCUUUACUGAUGAGAAGGUACUAUGUUAGUGGGGUUACCCCAAAGCACGACUUGUUCAAGUUUAUAUCCUCGUUGUUUGUUGUGUUCGUGGGGGCUCUUGGGGUUACGAUCCUCUGGAGCUCAGGCAGGAGGGGUUGGGUGGGGUACGCUGUGUUCGGGUGUUUGUGGGCUUUAGGGACUUUAGGAAUGGCUUUGACGUCGAAACAUAGGGUUCCGAAAGUUUGGGGUGUCCCACUCGUGCCAUGGCUGCCUUGUUUGUCGAUCGGGAUGAAUCUUUUUCUGAUCGGGUCACUUGGUCGGGUGGCAGUUUUGAGGUUCUUGAUAUGCAGUGCUGUCAUGCUCGUGUACUAUGUGCUGGCAGGGGUACACGCAACGUAUGACAUGGCGCAUGCAGAUGGGCCGGAGGCGAAGAUGGAGGGAGGUGGGGAGUUUGUUCAUUAG